CGUGUUCUGGGUAAUGAGAUAAAGGUGUUCAUACUGAGGAACAAUAACGGUAAAUGAUUUACCGAUUGGUAUUUUGACAUCGGCAAAUCAUUUACCGAUGGGUAAUUUUGGAAUAAAAAAAAAAUGCUGGGGCGCGUAGCCUAAAGGGUGGGGUGCCAAACCCAAAUCCCUUACAAAACCUAUAAAAGGAACAAAACCGUCCAUGCCUAUUGAUGUCUUCAUUCACAGCAUGUCAACUCUUGUUCUAGCAGUGUGAACCUCGUACCUCACCAUUAUGGAUCAAACGAGGAAGCUGAUGCAAGGUGUUCUGAAGAACAGCAACAACCCGAAAUUGGCAUGGCAUCUCUUCAAGCGAAUCCUCUCUUCUCCUUCCACUUCCACUUCCACUCACCACCACCACCACCUCGUCGCCACCAUGGCACGCAUCCUUGUCACCGCCAACAUGCACCGUGAAAUCGACGACCUCCGCGAACUCAUUCUCACCCAGCAACCCCACCACAUUGCUCACCCUUCCCUCAUUUCCUUGCUUCAAGUCCUGGCUCAAUCACCCCACCACCUCGAUAAGGCUUUCUCCCUCUUCAAAUCACUCAGAGCUCAAUUCCCAUCACCCCCGCCAUCGCUUCCUUUGUACCACCACCUCCUCCGGUCAAGCCUCCACCAGAACCGCCCGCAUUAUGUCAAAUGGUUGUACUCCGACAUGGUGGAAGCUGGUGUUGACCCGCAUACCUACACUUUCAAUCUCCUGAUUCAGUCCCUGUGUGAGUCCCGGGCUCUUGAUCACGCCCGCGAACUGUUUGAUAAAAUGUCUGAGAAAGGGUGCCACCCAAAUGAGUUCACUCUCGGGAUUUUGGUUCGUGGGUUUUGUCGCGCCGGCCGGGUAAAACAGGCGUUGGAGCUUUUUAACAAGUCCUGUUGCAAUGUUAACAAGGUUGUGUAUAACACCCUGGUGUCUAGCUUUUGUAAAGAGGGGAUGAAUGAUGAGGCUGAGAGGUUGGUGGAGAGGAUGAGAGAGCAAGGAUUUUCUCCUGAUGUUGUGACCUUUAACUCUAGGAUAUCGGCGCUUUGUAGAGCCGGGAAAGUCCUGGAGGCGUCGAGGAUUUUCAGGGAUAUGCAGAUGGAUCAAGAAUUGGGACUUCCUAGGCCCAAUGUGAUAACUUAUAACCUGAUGCUUAAGGGGUUCUGUAAGCUGGGGAUGAUGGAGGAAGCGAGGUCUUUGGUGGAUACUAUGAAGAAAAUUGGUUAUUUUGUCACUCUGGAGAGUUAUAAUACGUGGUUGUUGGGGUUGCUUCGAAAUGGAAAGCUUUUGGAGGCUCGGUUGGUUCUUGAUGAAAUGGUGGAUAAAGGUAUUGAACCAAAUAUUUACUCUUAUAACAUUAUGAUGGAUGGUCUGUGCAGGAACCAUAUGCUGUCAGAUGCCCGAAAGUUGGUGGAUGUGAUGAUAAGCAAUGGCGUUUACCCAGAUACUGUUACUUAUAGCACUCUCCUUCAUGGCUAUUGUAGCAAAGGGAAGGUUCUUGAAGCUAAAGCUGUUCUUCAUGAAAUGAUUAGGAAUGGUUGUCAUCCGAAUACUUAUACCUGUAACACUUUGCUGCAUAGCCUGUGGAAAGAGGGGAGAAAAUUAGAAGCAGAGGAAAUGCUUCAGAAGAUGAACGAAAAACGCUAUCAAUUAGAUACUGUGACCUGCAAUGUAGUGGUCAAUGGUCUCUGUAGAAAUGGGGAAUUGGAGAAAGCAAUUGAAAUUGUGAGUGAGAUGUGGACUAAUGGAACAACAUCCCUUGCUAAAGGAAACUCUUUUGCAGGUCUAGUUAAUUCAAUCCACAAUGUAUCUACCAGCUUGCCUGAUGUGGUCACAUAUACAACCCUAAUUAAUGGACUUUGCAAAGUCGGGAAGCUUGAGGAAGCCAAAAAGAAAUUUAUUGAGAUGAUGGCGAAAAAUUUGCACCCUGAUUCUGUGACAUAUGAUACUUUCAUAUGGAAAUUCUGUAAAGAAGGGAAGAUAUCAUCAGCCUUACGUGUCUUAAAGGAUAUGGAGAGAAAUGGUUGCAGCAAGACUCUUCAAACCUAUAAUUCAUUGAUCUUGGGCUUAGGAAGUAAAGGGCAAAUAUUUGAAAUGUAUGGAUUGAUGGAUGAGAUGAGAGAAAGAGGGAUAUGUCCAGAUAUUUGCACUUACAAUAAUGUAAUUAGUUGUCUUUGUGAAGGAGGAAAAACAGAGGAUGCUACUUCUCUUUUACAUGAAAUGUUGGAUAAGGGCAUAUCUCCCAAUAUAUCUUCCUUCAAAAUACUGAUUAAAUCCUGCUGCAAGUCUAGUGAUUUUAAAGUUGCAUACGAGCUUUUUGAGGUAGCUUUGAGUGUAUGUGGUCAUAAAGAAGCCCUGUACAGUUUUAUGUUUAAUGAAUUACUUUCUGGAGGACAACUCUCGGAAGCAAAGGAGCUGUUUGAAGCUUCAUUAGAUAGAUUUCUUCGAUUAAAGAAUUUCAUGUAUAAAGAUUUGAUUGACAGACUGUGCCAGGAUGAAAGGUUAGAUGAUGCUGAUUGCCUUCUUCAUAAAUUGAUUGAUAAAGGAUACAGCUUCGACCAUUCAUCGUUCAUGCCAGUGAUUGAUGGCUUAAGUAAAAGGGGAAAGAAACAACAAGCUGAUGAACUAGCAAAGAAGAUGAUGGAAUUGACUUUGGAAGAUAGAACAGUCAAUAGGACUUAUCAAAAUGGAAAUAGGAUCUUUCCUGGAAAACUGGAUAAGGAUAAUGGAAGUGAGUGGCAGGAUAUAAUUAACAGAGGGGGUGGCACUGGACUUGCAUUGAAAACUCUGAAGCGUGUAGAGAAAGGCUGGGGUCAAGGAAGUAUAUCAAGUUUGCUGCCUCAGAAGAAUGAUUUUCUUGAUUACUAUGAUGGCAGUGCUUAAUUGUUGGAUUUUUAGGGUAUUUUAACUUUUUUCUUUCAACCCCAGGUGGGGGAGAAGGGAGUAGCUGAAAGAAGAAUGUAAAGGUCUGAGGUUGGACAUAUACAAUAUCUCUUUGUAAGUAAUGCAGAGGUUUUUAUUCUUUAUUA